UCUCCGAGGCCGGGGCCUGCUGAUAGGAAGCGACCCUUCCAGUCCCAGCGGGGACGGUGUUGCCUCAAGAUAUUUCUCCUUGGAGCGGAUUCCCACCCCCUUCCCCCUGGUUUCCAAAGCUCUGCUUCCCUCGGCACCAGACACCUCCUUGCCACCCACCUGCUCGAAGGGGCAGAGAGACCCCUUGCCUUGCAGAUCAGACCGGGGACUGAUGCUUAAGGGCAGGACCCGCCGAGCUCUCCCGGCCCCGCAGCACGGGCACUGUGACCAAUGCUUCGACCGGCGAUGCCCCGGGCCCGCCCUGCCUGCCGACUCCUGCCCUCUGACCCCCUGCCGCCUCCUCUGCGGGGCCGUCUUUCACGCCUGCAAGGGGGAGGAACAUCAGCUGCUGUGCCCGCUGGAGCCGGUGCCCUGCCUCAAUUCCGCCUACGGCUGCCCGGCCUCCAUGGCCCGCCAAAAGCUUGCCGGCCACCUCCAGGCCUGCCCGGCCAGCGUGGUCUCCUGCUCCAUGGAGUGGAACCGCUGGCCCAGCGUGGACUCGGACGCGGCCUUGCAUGAGAACAUCAUGAAGGAGCCUUCCGGGGAGGAGUGUCUGGACGCGGCCCUGGCCCUCCGGGACCAACGGAUCCUCUUCGGCUCCCUGAAGAUGCUGGAACUCUUUCCAGAAGCCCGGGACGCCGGGGCGGAUGGGGAGGCUGAGAGGGAUGAGGAACGGGAGGAGGAAUGGGACGAGGAGGGGUGGGAGGAAGAGGAGGAGAAGCAGGUGGUGGAGCGGGAUGGAGGCCGGGCCGACUCUGGAAGGGCAGCGGAGGAGCCGAGGGGGGACCCCGGGCCCGAUGGGGCGGGGCUGAGCCAGCAGGAGCGGGAGGCCCUGGCCUCGGGCCGGGAGGGGAUGGAUCUGGAAAGCUACAGCCGGUGGGAGCACAUAUUCAGGAAAGAGCAGGCGGCCUCGGGGGCUGAGGCGAGAGCCGCCCAGCCCCGGGGAAGUGGGGAGCCCUCGAGGAGCCCAGUGGCGGCCGAGGAGGUCCCUGGCCGGGGCGCAGAGGUGACCGGGCUGGCCCCAUGGCAGGAUGGCGUGCUGGAGCGGCUGAAGAUGGCGAUGGAUGCCCGGGACUACAACAUGUACCUGGUCCACAAUGGCCGCAUGCUCAUCCACUUUGGGCAGAUCCCCGCCUGCACUCCCCGGGAGAAGGACUUCGUCUACGGGAACCUUGAGGCCCAGGAGGUCAAGACGGUCCACACCUUCAAGGUGCCGGUCAGCUACUGCGGGAAGCGGGCCCGGCUGGGCGACGCCCUGGGGGGCGGGCAGCCCAGCGAGCACAAGGCGGUGGACACGUCUGACCUCGGGGUGGCCGUGGGCGAGCUGUCCCGGGCGGAUGCCGUGCGGACGGCUCUGCAGUGCGCCCUGGAGCGGGAGCUGCGGGGCCACCCCAUCUCGGAGAGCAGGUCCGUGGACGGGCUGUACGUGGACCUGGCCACCCAGACCUACGACUUCGAGGCCGGGCCCUUCGCCGCUGGCACCGUCCUGGCAGACCUGGCCCCGGCCGGCCAGCCCAGCCUGCACGUGGCCCUUCAGAGCGAGGGUGUGACCCACAGGCACAACAAGAGCAGCUCGGCUUUCACGUUCACCUGCGGCCAGGUCUUCCGGCGGGACGAGUUCGCCGCCCACUUCCGAAACGUCCACGCCGACCUCCAGGCCGGCCUCUACGGCUGGUUCCAGCGCCGCUGUCCCCUGGCCUACCGGGGCUGCACUUUCGUGCAGAGUCGCCUCGGCCCGCCGGGGCUGGGGGCCAGGGUCAUCUACCGGCAGGACCUCUCGGCCUUUGCCAUCCGGCCCGAGGUGGCCCCCGAGCUCGGAGCCGGGCGGGGCGGCCCCCGGGGCCCCGGCCGGAUGGACCGGGCCUCUCUGAGCGGUCUGCCCCUGGAGCUGCUGCAGCACAUAGCCAGCUACUUGGACAGCGUCAGCCUGUCCCAGCUGGCCCAGGUGUCCAUGCUCCUGCAGGAUGUCUGCUCCUCGCUGCUCCAGGAGCGGGGCAUGGUCCUCCUGCAGUGGGAGAAGCGGAGGUGUUCCCGUGGCCGCCGCAGCACCUGGAGAGCUCACAAAAAGGUCUGGCAGUUCAGCAGCCUCUUCUCCCGCGUCCACACGUGGCACUUCCACGAGGUGGCUGCCUCUAUGGCCGAACACCUGAAGAGCUGCCCGUUCAACAUCGUGGAGCGCAAGGUGGAACCCUUCCCCCUGACCAGCCUGUGCGGGACCCGCGGACCGACCCGGCCCAGCGUGGCUUCCGCCUGUGGGCCCGGAUCCUAAAGGAGCACGAGUCUCUGGCCUCGCACCCCGUCCCCCGCCCCCUGCUCUCCCCUCUCCGCUUCCAGGUCCCCUGAUGGAGGGGCCGAAUUGGGUCGGUACCAGUCUGGGUGGGGGCUCUGGAGCAUCUGGAACCGUGAGUGUCCCCUCCGCUGAUGGGAGUCAGGGCCCCUUCCCUCACUGGCUUCUGGGCAGCUGUUUACCCC